CACCAGUGUUUCCUGGACCAUCAGCUCCCCAGUCAGCGAGGUCUCUGGCAGAAGCACCACCCGUCCGAGUUACUUCACGUCCAUUCACCCUUUGUCUAUCAACCCGCAGAGGGUGCAGAGCCCGGCCAGCAGUCAAUCCGGAUACAGCUGUGCAGUAGCUCCCACCUUUUCACAGCACCUGCAAGACACCUGCACUACAGAGGGCCAGUUUGUGGUGUUUGAGUGUCGGAUUCAAGGCAGCAGCCCUCUUCAAGUUCUCUGGUACCGAGGGCACGAGCCCAUUAAGGACUCAGCAAACUUUCGGAUUCUAAGGAGAAAAGCAUGCGGGUCAGCUGUUCCUGAGGCGGUCUGCACCCUGGUGGUGACUGACGUGCGUCCAGAAGACUCUGGGGAGUUCCAGUGCCUCGCAGAAAAUGAAGCAGGGUCUGUCACCUCGCGGGCUGCUCUUUCUGUCUCCAUAGGAAAGGAAAUGGAAACGCCAAGAGAUCCCCUCAACCGCUCCUUUAGGCAAACCUCCCUGGAGCCUGAAGCCCAUCCAGGGGGUCCACAAGGCUCUGCUGAGAGGAGGGAUCCAAGUCACAAAAGGCUUCCCACCAUGCAAAGCCCCCCAGUCACCCCGGCCACCCUGGCCACCUGUGCUGGCUGGGAAAGUCGGGAGUUGCAGGACCAGAGAAUUGGAAACGAAGAUUUUCGUAGUGCCUGUGGGAAUUCUUCAAUGCCAGUGGAACAGGGGGGCACUGCUCUUCAAGAGAGACCUUCUCCAUCCCUCUGGUCUUGUGACCCUAGCCAGGAGGGGCAGCAAAACCUUUCUUCUGAUCCCCAGUGGCUCCUGACCCGGGACCCAUCAUCUCCUUGUGUGGACAAUACCAGCCCUCCUGUCGCCUCCAUGUAUCAACCAAGUAUGUUCAACUAUGAACGUCCCAAGCACUUCCUCCACUCUCAGAACACGUGUGGAACCAGGAUGCAGCCCCCAGGGACAGAAACAUCUAUGUUGCCCUCCAACCCAACCAAACAGUCUUCCAUUUUAAUCCAGCCUCGGCAGUGCACUGAGCAAAGGUUUUCUUCCUCAUCAUCGGUGAGCUCGCGGAUAACAGUGUCUUCAUCCACUUUUCCCACUUCUGCACAACAGCCCGCUGGCUCCUUCCCAGGACAGCGAGUCUCAACCUCAUUUAGCCAGUCUCCAGCAGGCUUCCUCAGCUCCAUACUGCCAUCCCAGCCCGACUACAACAGCAGCAGAGGUCCUUCGGCUGUGGAACCCAAUUACCGACAGUCAAUGCCCACCCAAGCCGGAAAUCCUAAACCGAUGCAAAUUGGGAACGCCAAGCCCAUCCUGAAGAUUCCUGAUCAUGAAAUACAAGGAUCCAAAGAGGCUCUGAUUCAAGAUUUGGAAAGAAAACUGCGCUGCAAGGACAGCCUCCUCCACAAUGGGAACCAGCGCCUGACAUAUGAGGAGAAGAUGGCUCGCAGAUUGCUUGGACCCCAGAACGCUGCUGCUGUGUUGGACACUCAAAAUGACCAUGAAGCACAGGACUUUUCUCAGCAGCCCAACUCAGAAAAUGUGAGACUGCAGGUCCCAUCGCCUCAAGUAAGGAGUCGGUCAUCUUCACGAGGAGCUGUAAAUGAUCAGGAUUCCAUCCAAGAGAAGUUUUACCCACCACGUUUUGUUCAAGUUCCAGAAAACCUGUCGAUUGAAGAGGGAAGAUUCUGCAGGAUUGACUUUAAGGUGAGCGGCCUGCCGGCUCCCGAUGUGACCUGGUAUUUAAAUGGAGCUCCGGUUCACUCAGAUGAUUUUCACAAAAUGAUAGUGUCUGAGAAAGGUUUCCACUCGCUCAUCUUUGAGGUGGUCAGAGCCUCCGACGCAGGGGCUUACGCCUGUGUUGCUACGAACCGCGCAGGAGAAGCCACCUUUACGGUGCAGCUCGAUGUCCUCGCCAAAGAGCACAGGAGGGCACCCAUAUUUAUCUUCAAACCACAAAGCAAAAAGGUCUAUGAGGGAGAAUCGGUGAAACUCGAAUGCCAGAUCUCGGCCACCCCUCCACCAAAGCUUUUUUGGAAAAGAAACAACGAAAUGGUUCAGUUCAACACCGACCGGAUAAGUUUGUAUCAUGACAACUCUGGACGAAUCACCCUACUGAUUAAAGACGUGACCAAGAAAGACGCUGGAUGGUACACCGUGUCUGCAGUUAACGAGGCAGGAGUGACAACGUGCAACACACGACUGGAUGUGGCAGCCAUUCCAAACCAAACUCUUCCAAACCCUAAGCAACUCAGGGUUCGCCCAACGUUCAGCAAAUACUUAGCACUCAAUGGGAGAGGCUUGGACGUGAAGCAAGCGUUUAACCCUGAGGGAGAAUUUCAGCGCCUGGCUGCUCAAUCUGGACUUUAUGAAAGCGAAGAGCUGUAACGGAGCACUCUGACCAGCUGCUGGGAACCCUAGGCCACAGCCUGCUCACAUCCGAUCUUUGAAUGAACCCAUAGGUGCCGCGAACAGAUUUUUGCUUCCACUAGGCAACCUCAACCUACUGUAUGUAAUGUUGUUUCUAAUUUGACUUGCACAUACUAUCUGCUCAGUUUCUGGUGAGUAAAUCUGUUUGUAUGGGUUUGGGAUUGUAGACAGCUGCUCUGAAAUAUGAUCAUUUGACCCACUCACCCACAAAAAUUCGACAAGUGUUGAAUAUUAAGUGGUUAAAAAAACCCUAGGGCUGGUUGUGAGACUAUUUUAUUCGUAAUGCUUUCUAAACACUGUCACCUUCUGUAACAGUACUGUUUUGUGCAGGAAUACCAGAAUGGUAUAGAAUAUCGGAAUGUUCCAGGAGUUUGAAGUCAAAAGUAAAUAAAGCUUUAAAUACCCUUUAA